CCUAUUGAUCGAAGCUCAGCAGUUGUUUGACUUCCAUCAACAUUGCACAAAUAUCAGCAGCCCUCAAUCCCAUCACAUUCGCCUACUCUCAUUAUGAACGGCGAAAGUUAUUCCUCCAGGGAUGGCCGCCUUGGCUCAUCACGCGACUAUUCGUCGCGUGAUGACCGACGAGACCGUGGAGACCGCGGUGAUCGCAGAGACCGACGCCGAUCGAGAUCCCCUCGAAGACCCCAUCGCGACGGCAGAGAGGGAGAUGUCGAUUCCUAUGCAUCAAGCCGCAGCCACCGAGACCGAGAACGCGAGGACCGGUAUGGCGGAAGUGGAGGCGGUGGAGGUCGGGACCGGGAUCGCAGAGGAGGAGACCGAGAGUGGGAUCGUGACCGUGGAGGACGACGCGACCACCGCCGCGAUGAUGGCGGCCGACCACCACGCCGUGACCGCGACCUUUUCGACGACAGGCGAGGCGACAGACGGGAGAGAGGAGGUGAUCGAGGCGGUCAUGGUGGCCGAGGCAGAGAUCGGGACCAAGACGAAGACCUUUUUGCCCAGAACCGCCGCCGCAGCGCAACCCCGCCGCCUAAGAAGAGAGAGCCCACGCCUGAUCUCACAGACAUUACCCCUGUAUUGGAGCGCAAACGUCGCAUGACACAAUGGGACAUGAAGCCGCCAGGUUAUGAGAACGUGACGGCUGAGCAAGCCAAGUUGUCUGGCAUGUUCCCCCUACCCGGCGCACCGCGUCAGCAGCCAAUGGAUCCCACCAAGCUCCAGGCCUUUAUGAACCAACCUGGAGGUGCGGUGAACAGUGCUGCACUGAAGCCCUCCAACAGUCGGCAAUCCAAGCGUCUUCUGGUCCACAACAUCCCUUCGUCUUCCACCGAGGAAAGUGUCACGUCCUUCUUCAACCUUCAACUGAAUGGUCUCAAUGUCAUUGAGACCCCGGAUCCCUGCGUUCAAUGCCAAAUAUCUAAAGAUCAAUCGUUCGCUUUACUGGAGUUUAGAAACGCCUCUGAUGCAACAGUAGCUCUUGCCUUCGAUGGUAUUUCCAUGGAGCCCGAUGAUGCUAUGGGCAAUGGGGUGGCCAAUGGGGGCGCGCUUGGUCUGAGCAUUCAACGACCUAAGGACUACAUUGUCCCUGCAGUCGUUAAUGACACGCCUUACGAGCCUGGUGUUGUGUCCAAGAUCGUUGUGGAUACACCCAACAAAGUCAGCAUUGCCAAUCUGCCAACCUACCUCACUGAAGAGCAAGUGAUGGAACUCCUUGUGGCAUUUGGUGAACUCAAGGCUUUUACGCUGGUCAAGGACCACGGUACAGAAGAAUCACGAAAAUGCCAGGGAAUCGCAUUUUGCGAGUACUCGGAUCCUAGCGCCACGGACAUUGCUGUCCAGGGUCUAAACGACAUGCCUAUUGGUGACAAAAAGCUGAAGGUCAGGAAAGCCAGCAUUGGCAUUACUCAAGUGGCUGGAGUCGAGAUGGGUGUUAAUGCCAUGUCCAUGCUUGCCGGCACGUCUGCAACCGAUUCGGAAGAAACCCGAGUCUUGCAGUUGCUCAACAUGGUGACGCCUGAGGAAUUGAUGGACAAUGAUGACUACGAGGAAAUAUGUGAGGACGUUAAAGAAGAGUGUGCCAAGUUUGGAGAAGUCAUCGGACUUAAGGUUCCCCGGCCAAGUGGAGGAAGUCGGCAGUCUGCUGGUGUCGGCAAGAUCUUUGUCAAGUUCGACACGAAGGAGUCGGCAAAGAAGGCUCUCACCGCCUUGGCUGGCCGGAAGUUUGCCGACAGGACCGUGGUAACGACGUAUUUCCCCGAGGAGAAUUUCGAGGUCGGAGCGUGGUAAUGGACGACGGAAGCAGGUCCGAUGGUUAGCUGCGUUGAUACCUUGGGUACAGCGAAUCAUUUCUUGUGUCAUUGCAAAUCUCAGCUACUUGUGCUGAGAACAUUGACAUAAUGGUAGGCUCCAUUUCGAUGUGUAUAAUAAGCCAUGUUUCUA